AUGUUCGAUCGAAUCAGACAUAUUUUGAAGACGGUGGCAAAUCAAGUGUUUGGGCGAGACCAUGAGGCUUACACUCUUCCUGACGCGAAACAGCCCUUGGACCCUCAGCCUUCAGUUCCCUCCAGCGAUGGCGAUACGCUACCGAGUGCUGCAACUGAGAGUCUAGCGACGGGCAGCUCACGGCGACGGAGUUCGACUGGCAUCAAAAAUAUUCAAUCUCACGACGCGUCUGCUCAACCAAAACAAAUCCCUUUGAGCGGAGGAGCGUCCAGUAUCAAAGAUUUCACUUCAAAAGAGCAUAGAAAAGAAGUCCAACAUCCUCACGAAACACGCGCCAACUCCGUUGGUCCGCCAAAACCAGCAUCUCAAGUUAAUACGGCACCAGACACGAUCCAGGAUUCUGUCGACUGCACUGCUGACAGUCGGCCUGCUGUCGUCCACGAAACUGUCAAACCACAUGUUCAUACUAUAUACGAACCAAAGCGCACUCGCUCCAUUCACGUUCAUGAGCAUCGGACGGUCAUACAACCUGUUAUCGACUCAGAACCCGUCACUGGCCCGGCGCAACAUUGGGUACAAGAUGGGAACGGGGACCUUCCCAAAUUACAGUCCGGGCAUGACAACAACAAGCAUGCCGUCAAUUCUGGAACUGUCGUCAAGACUUCCUUGGCAUAA